AUGCAUACGUCUCGUGUAUUUCAACGUCUUACUGAACGUUCCGAUUCCGUGUCUUCUACGUCGUCAUGUCCAUCGACACCACCGUCGUCGAAACUUUGGUUCGAACCACCGAAUAUCGAUAUAUGUGUGAUGACAAUUGAACAUCGUGAACAAGUAUUCGAACUUGUCUUGGAUACUUUCUUUCGCGAUGAACCAUUGAACAAAUGUCUGGCUUUUGAUCUUCCAACAGAACCUAUCGAAUUUGCUGAACUCGUCAUAUCAACUGCGAUUGAAGAUCAAUGUUCAUUUGUCACUAUUGAUGUUCAAACACAAAAGAUCAUUGGUGUGAUUCUCAAUAUAAUCAAAUCUCGUUCGCAGAAUAUCGAUAAAUUUCACAUCGAGAAUUUUCGGUCGGAAAAACUACGAUUUAUUUUGAAUGUUCUCCAGCACGCUCAUGGCACGCUUGAUUUGUUCAAAGAGAUGAACGCUGAUCGUCUACUACACGUGGUUAUUAUUGCCAUCGAUGCAAAUUAUCGCGGUCUACGCCUGACGGAAAAGCUAAUUCAUGCCAGUUUAGAACGUGCUAAAACCGAAUUCCAUCUCCAAGGUGCUUUCUCAGAAGCAACAAGUCUUUAUUCGGCGAAAGCUUUUCGUAAGCAAGGUUUCCAAAUCUACAAUGAAAUCAUUUACACGAAAUACGACGCCAUUCGUCUAGCUAAUUUAGCCGGAGAACAUGAUCGCUGUCAAUUACUUGCUAAACAACUAUAA